AUGCACGUCAAUGCUGAGGACCAGGCACAGCUUCGUUCGCUACAGAACCAACGGAUCAAAGACGUGGAAAGACUCCAGAGGGAAACAACAUCUUCAGCACUCUCCCAAAGGUUUGCGCCUGGCGCACAGUCAACUGCGGACCAGGUAUCUCUGGAAUACAAACGGGCUGAUGGAUCGACACGACCACGCGAUCUACUCAUCCUAUUCCCAGACGAGGUGCAAAACAAGAGCUUGUUCGAGAAAUACAACGACACUUUACGAGAGCAUCUGCUAAAGCCCAAGAGAAGUUUGAUCACAAAAGCGCUGGGAAGUGAAGGAAGCACAUUAAAGAGCCCGGAAGCAUACGCACAACCAUUCUGUAGCUUCUUAACGGAGAACCCUACAGUGUUUCAUGCUGUAGACUACUUUGAAAAGAAACUAGACUCUGCAGGUUUCAAGAAGCUAUCGGAACGAAAGAGCUGGACCGAAGAAUUGGAAGUUGGCGGAAAAUACUAUGUUUCGAGAAAUAGCAGCUCGUUGAUUGCGUUUUCCGUUGGGAAAGGAUACAAGAGUGGAAAUGGUGUCGCAAUGGCAGCAGGGCACGUCGAUGCCUUGACUGCGAGAUUAAAGCCUGUCAGCUCCAAGAAGACAUCUGCCGGAUAUGUUCAGCUUGGUGUUGCACCUUAUGCAGGAGCAUUAAACACUACUUGGUGGGAUCGUGAUCUUGGUAUCGGUGGAAGAGUUGUAGUCAAGGAUGAGGAAACUGGAAAGAUCACUACAAAGUUGGUGAAGCUUGGCUGGCCCAUUGCACGAAUUCCCUCCCUCGCACCCCACUUUGGCGUGGGAAUGCUGGGUACGAACAAUGCUGAGACUGAAGCUGUCCCAAUCAUCGGUCUUGACGAUUCGGAGACGUCAUCCGACGAAGGGUUCAAGAACUACACGCUUGGUGCUCAAGGAACCUUUGCUGCGACCCAGCCACCAAAGCUCGUUCGUGCGAUUGCAGGUGAAUUGAGCAUCACAGACUACUCCUCGAUCAUCAACUGGGAGCUCGAACUCUAUGACACCCAACCAGCUCAAGUGGGAGGUCUGGAGAAGGAGUUCAUCUUUGCCGGCCGUGUCGAUGACAAGAUCUGUUCUUGGGUAGCUAUUGAAGGACUUAUUGCCUCUGCUCCUACUUCAUCUGAGGAUGAUGGGAUUGUCAAACUCGUCGGAGUCUUCGAUGACGAAGAAAUUGGAUCAUUACUUCGACAGGGUGCUCGAGGCAAUUUCCUCCCUGGAACCGUGGAACGUAUCGCGGAAGCUUUCUCAAAGUCGGGCUCCAGCGCAAACAUUCUCUCUCAGACAUACGCUAACUCGUUCCUCCUGUCUGCCGAUGUUACUCAUGCAGUAAAUCCCAACUUUCUGUCCAAAUACCUCGAAGGCCAUGCACCACGUCUCAAUGUCGGCUUGACCGUUGCAGCGGACAGCAAUGGACAUAUGACCACAGACUCCGUCUCGACCGCACUCUUCACUCGUAUUGCAGAAAAGUGUGGUAGCAAGCUUCAAUUAUUCCAGAUCAGGAACGAUAGUCGAAGUGGUGGAACGGUCGGACCAAUGCUUAGCUCUGCGAUGGGCGUCAGAGCUAUUGAUGCUGGUAUCGCACAGCUCAGUAUGCACAGUAUUCGUGCGACGGUGGGAAAUUUGGAUCCUGGAUUGGGAGUCAAGAUUUUCAAGGGAUUCUUUGAUCAUUUCGAGAGUGUUGAUGCGGAGUUUGUUUGA